AUGUAUCAGUGCGACGGUCAGGUUCUAAAUAAUGAGUAUCAAUUAAAUAAAACAACUUAUUAUGAACUGGAAAAAAUGACGCAGGCGGUUAUUAUUAAUGAAAAAGAUGUGAGUAGUUCAGGAGAUUGUAGUUUCGAUUGUGAUCUUACUAAAUUAGAGAACUUGAAUGGAAAUGUAUGCAAAAAUUUCAAGGAAUGUCGAUAUAUUACCAAAAGUUUUGAUAUUUGUGAGCCAGAAAAAAAUGAUUCAAGAAAUUAUCAAUGGUUUAAAGACUCUAACGGAGUUGUUUACGGUCCGGGCCAAAAUGAAUCGUGUCCAAAUACCGUUAAAUCUGUCAGCAGUUCUUACCAAGCAUCAACAAUGUAUUUUUGUGAUUACUGUGUCUGUAUUUGUGAACGAUAUCCCGAAGACAAACCAAAUGUGGUUACUGCGAUCAGUUUUAGGGACCAAAUAUCGAACAUCAAGGAGAACAAGGUCGUCGUCGGUGUUAGGUUCAUAAAAAAAGAUAACAUGAUGCAUGUUCAAAUCAAAGAAGGCAAAUUAGAUGCGAAUUUGGAGGACGAAGGUUUCAGCGUGUGGAAGGAACUCGAAAAUUUUUAUUAUGAUGAAUAUCUUGACCAAUAUCACGUAAUUGUUAAUUCGAUAGAAGGUUCAUUGUCUUUAGGACUUGAUUAUGGACAUCCGGAAAGUAUGAACAUUGAUGACUUGAUCGCACCUACAGGCUUCGUUAUCACUGGAGUAAGAUUCAGAUAUGCCGGAGACUCAUUUGACUCACCGCACGUGAAAUUUGGCGCGGUUGAAUUACAAAUUCGGGUGUCUGCUUUUGACGUUAUUGAGAAAAAAAUAAGCAAAGACCCACAAACACAUUGGAUAUCUCCAAAGAAACAAGACAAAAGGGAUGAAUUGAAGUUACACGAACCAGAUAAUCCAACAAAAUCAAUUGAAAAUAAUAUUGACUCAAAACCAGGCCAAUUUGUCAGAUUCCAAGCAUCCGAUUUGAAAAAGGAUGCUGGACAAAGUACAGUGCCAUUUUUCGACGCUCUACCCGCGGAAGGUACUCCAAAAUUUCCUUUGGAGGGUAUUGGAAUUAUUCAUAAAGGCAGUAAGGGAUCUGGAGGAUAUUUGGCAUUUAGAAUUUUUGAUUUAGAUUUUUCUCAGAAUUUUAAAGUUCCAUCAGAAUCUGAAUCAUUAUUGUUCUAA